AUGGCAAUGGAGGACCUUUGGGAGGUGGACAGGAUGGGCCUUGGAAAUGGAGAUGGCAUGGGGAUGAGGGAGAAGAAAUGCAGAUGGAAGAAAAUUGAAGAGCUAGCCCCUAUUGAACGAGGCACUUUUUUAGAGGACUGUGGGACAUAUUUCCCAGAAGUGAAAAAUCAUCCAGAAAAAUACUUACAAAGAUGUCCCAGUUCUGUAAAAAAGUGGCUGAAACAACUGAAGAGUGCUGGGAAGAUUCUGCUACUAAUUACCAGUUCUCACAGUGACUAUUGCAGGCUCCUGUGUGAAUAUAUUCUUGGAAAUGAUUUUGAAGAGUAUUUUGAUGUUGUGAUCACAAAUGCUUUGAAACCUGGCUUUUUCUCCCAUACUCCAAACCAAAGACCUUUCCGAACUCUUGAAAAUGACGAAGAGCAAGACGCUCUGUUAUCUUUGGACAAACCCGGCUGGUAUUCCCAAGGUAAUGCUAUCCAUCUUUAUGAACUACUGAAGAAGAUGACUGGAAAGUUGGACCCCAAGGUUGUUUACUUUGGUGACAGCAUGCACUCAGAUAUUUUCCCAGCUCGUCACUAUAGCAACUGGGAAACUGUCUUCAUCUUGGAGGAGCUUCUAGGGGACAAAGUUAUGGUGCCUACAGAGACUGAAUCUGAGCCCUUGGAGAAGAAAGGAAAAUAUGAGGGAUAUCAGCCCAAAAUUCCCUACUCUGUAUCUGAGCAGUGGGGCUCUUUCUUCGUGGACAGACUACCAGGUCUGGAAAAUGCAGAGGAAACCUUAGUUCGUACAUGGUCCUGUAAAUGCAUUAGCACUUACAGCACUAUUGCAAUCCCUAGUCUUGAAGCAAUUGCAGGUAAGAAAGUUUUUUUUUCCUUCAUGAACUUACAGUACUCAUAGUAAUUUUGUCAUACC